GCGAAGCGAGCUUGAGCCAGCGCAGUAGUGAAGGAGCAGCAGCAGCAGCAGCAGCAGCAAGCACGUGCUAUCCGCGGCGGAGACGACUGCAGUUCGCUCGUACGGCCAGGAAAAUCGAUAGAGUCAGCGAAGAUGUUCGGGAAGACGUUGAUCCUGUGCGCGGCCAUGGCAGCCGUCGCGACGGCCCACCCGGCCAGUGAGAAGACCGGCAGCGAGAACGACCUCAUGGCGUCGAUCUACGCCGACUGCCUCAAGAAGGAGUCCCUCAGCUGCAUCAAGCACAAGGUCUUCUCCUUCGUCGACAAGAUGCUCGCCGACAAGGAGGACAUCAGCCUCAGCGAGGGCAUCACCGUCGUCAAGACCACCUCGUCCAACAUCGAGGAGGGCGCACCCAGGUCCAUUGACUCGAGCGACUUCGACUCGCUAUUGUUCGACCGUCUGGGAAGAUUCCUGCGAACGCACUCGAUCAAAGUAGACCUCAAGGGCACUGACAUCCUCGGCGCCAUCGAGACCGCCGGCCGAAGCUUCGACGACAAUGAUACCUCCGUCGAGGGACGAGGCAAGAAAAAGAAGGCCGCCAAGGUCCUGGGACCCAUCCUCCUGGCCGUCGCCCUGAAGAUGGCAGCCCUCCUGCCCCUGACCCUGGGAUUCAUCGCCUUGAUCGCCGGAAAGGCCCUGCUGGUCGGUAAGAUCGCCCUGGUCAUCUCCACCAUCAUCGGACUGAAGAAGCUGCUGGGCGGCAACGAGAAGCACGUGACCUACGAGGUCGUCUCUCACCCGCACCACAGCAGCAGCCACGUCGUCAGCCACGACGAGGGCCACGGUGGCGGCUACUCCUCCGGAGGCGGCAGCGACUUCGGUGGAUACUCCGGCGGCGGCGGCGGCGGCGGUAGCUCCGGAGGACACGGAAGCUCCGGAUGGGCCAGAAGCCUGGGACAGCAGUCCGCCCAGGAGAUGGCCUACAGCGCCCAGAAACCCGUCGCGCACUAGACUAGUUACACAUAUAGAUAUAGCCUAGAUCGGUUCUCUUCUCCUCCCACUCAUUCUCUUCUUCAUCCUCUCGUUAAUUUAUUGAAUCUUCUCUCUUAUUUAUGAUCUUUCUCUGAUCUCUCUGCUUCGAGCUGCCCUUGAAGCUCUAUACGCCUCCGUCUGUCUCUGGUUUUCGCGGAGCGUCCGGAUUGGAAAUGCAAAGCCGAGCUUUCGCCCAGGAAAGAGACGCGUCUCGCUAUUUGUACAUAAAUUAAUCGGACGAGAUGGAAGAGUCAAGUACACGCGACGGUAUUCGAAGUAUUUGCGGUCAAACACUCGAAGACCUCUAGAGCUUGUUUGACCCUCGAAAUUCGGCUCCGUUUUGCAUCUCCAGCGCGGGCAAACAUGGUUGGAAAAUUGACGAGUAGUUCCGUUUUGGAACGAGUACGCUCGGCGGUAAUAAUUAUCGCCGGUACGCCGCAGAUUUAACUUAUUUUUUAUUUUAUUAUUUUCGUCGAAAUAAAAGAAGCGAGUAUGCUUAGUACGAACGAAGCUAUGCGGUGUUUUCUUGAAGACGAAACGAAUCUGCGCGUAGCGAACGUUACGCUUUUUACAGUUAGACGCGCUGUCAAAUCGAAAGACGCACACGGAAGUUGCUUUCAACCAUGCAUCAAGCGAAAAUUCCUACUGUUUAUGUAAAUUUCACACGACCUCCUCUCUACUCUUUUUCUUCCUCUCUCUCUCUCUCUCUCUCUCUCUCUCUCUCUCUCUCUCUCUCUCUCUCUCUGUCAUUGUGUCCUCGCGCAGAUGUUAUUUAUUCGUAGUACAAGAGUAUUUAUUUGAUUCUCCUCUACAUCUACGCACCUCCUUUUUCUCUGUCGAACUUUCCCUUCCUCUCUCGAUCGUUUUUUUUCAUCGAACGAUCCCUUCGAGCUUCACUUUCUCUCUGAUCCUAUAAUACUUUUUUCUCGUCCUUACUUUUAUCCUUUCUAAACUCUCUCCCUCUUUCCUAUCCACUUUCCUCGGUUUAUCUCCGAGCGGAGUCUCCUUUCACAAUUGUACAUUUUUAUGUAUCUCUCGACUUUCGUACAACGACUUUUAUUUACACACUUGUCUUCUGGAUCUCUUGCUCUCUGCGUCCUUGUUAUUACUCUCACUAUUAUUUAUAAUAAUAUACCUACUGUAUCGUUUAUCGAGUUACAAUUAGCCAGUACAAUGCGAGGACGCCAGUGCCUGAUGCGAAUACUCUGUUUAUCUCUGACUAUCAUGUAAUAGCGCAUUAACUUUUUAUGCUGUAUCCACACGAAGACUUGUACCUACGAUUGUUACACACACGCUGACGUACAAAUACGCGAAUCAAUUGAUUUUGUUUCGAUCGACGACUUUUACUCUGUAAGUAUUCAUUGUAACCACGUACGUGACGAACGACGUCGACGCUCGACGGUAUAUAUAUUAUAUAUGUAUUUAUUUAUUAUAUCCUACGUUUCGACUACAAGAAUGUGUUCACACCACGAGGAAAUACUUGUUUCUUUCUUGAUUAUUUACAUUUUUUUAUUUGUAUAAUAAAGAGAGGCGAACGGCGCGUGCGUCUUGUCCCAAAGAAAAAAA